CCUGGAAUUCCCGCUCUGAGGUUACAAAAUCAGUGAGGACAAAACAGGCUGAGGGAAACAGUAGGAGACCGGACACCGAGGAGGAACAGUCACAGUUUAUAGCCCAAUGGAGCCUAUUGGAGUUCUAGUAUGUGUCCUGUGCUGUAUUGUAGUAGGAGCCCAGCCAUCAGACAACAAGUGUGAGAAUCCUAAGCUGGAACAUGGAAGACUUUUUCCCUGGUUAUUCUCAGACCUGUCAAUAAACACGGCAAUUAGAUAUCGAUGUGAUGAAGGUUAUGUUGCGGCAAACCAAGUCAGUAAAAGUUAUGGAUCAGCCAAAUGCACCAACACUGGGUGGGACCCUGAACCCAAGUGCUUGGGGCCAUGCUCUACUUCCAAGGAGGACAUGAACGCAAAUGGUAUUAGAACGGGCUUCGUUUUUUUGUGGACAAGGUCCCCAAUAGAACAUGGAGACAGCAUUUUAUUUAGAUGUGUGCCAGGAUAUGGGAUAUCUGAUCCCAGCCUGUUAAGGGUGCAGUGCAAUGAUGGCGUUAUCCCUUACCCUAAGUGCACCAAAUUAGAGGGCUGCGGGCCCCCACCAAUAGUGCUGCACGGGGAAACAGUACAAGACCGAGUGAAGUCAUAUGAACACGGCUCAGUAAUGACGUAUAAGUGCCCACUAUCCUAUACACUUGAAGGAAACCAAAACAUUACAUGUAGAAAUGGGAAAUGGGAUGAUCUACCGGCCUGCAAAGGGCCGUGCAGGCUUUCUGAGGAAGAGAUGGAAGCAAACGGUAUCAGAGGUGGCUUGUUUCUCUGGUGGAGACAGUCGACAUUACAUCACGGAGACAGGGUCUCAUUUAGAUGUGUGCGGGGAUACGAUAUAUCCGAUUUCAAGCUAUUAAGAGUACAAUGUGAUAACGGCGUUAUCCCUUACCCUAAGUGCAGCAAGCCAGAGAGCUGCGGGCCCCCACCAGUAGUGCCACACGGGGAAACAGUACAAGACCGAGUGAAGUCGUAUGAACACGGCUCAGUAAUGACGUAUAAGUGCCCACAAUACUAUGCACUUGAAGGAAACCAAAAUGUUACGUGUAGAAGUGGAAAAUGGGAUGAUCCACCGGCCUGCAGAGAGCCAUGUGUAGUUAACAGCAAGGACGUGGAAGAAAACAAUAUCAGGCUGCUGUGGCUAGGCACUGAGAAACAAUAUGUCCAGCAUGGAGAUUACAUUAGAUUUCGUUGUUUAAGGGGAUAUGGGAUUCCUGACUACAAUAUGCUCACAGUAAAGUGCCACCAAGGUAUCGUGGCCUAUCCCAAGUGCACUGCACAAGGUAAGCCAUGAAUGAACAUAAUUGGGGCAACCGGCCAAUGUGCCUAUUUACUGGCAACUCUUCCACUUGCACCACAUGUAACAAAAGGGAAGGAAUAUGCAGAAGUGAAACAAAGAUUGAUCUUUGAGUAUUUUUACUUGCCAUUGUAUGUAAGAUUUAUGAUAAAGGUGUUUCUUCCCUUAUGUAAACCCAUAAACUGGUGAUAACAUAUUUCGUAACCACAUUUUCUCAAAUAAAUUCACUACUGAUUUUGUA